ACUCGAAGCACCAGAUAACUACCUACCUACAAACUUGAAAGCAGAAACCACCGGAGGGCGCCCCAUCAAACCGUUAGUUUAACAGCCGUCAGGAAAGAAUCAUGAUGUUGGGACAUCAAGAUUCCUGAAAAUUGGUAGUUUUCGUUAAUGUCUUCGUUAAUUUAGGCCUGAAAGGUUUCGACUUUCUGAGGUUUCUGGAGAGUUUGCCAUAAAAGCGAAGAACCCCACUGCUCUCCGAUGGGUUCUGAUGCAAUAAUGGGAAGUGGAGACUACCCUCUGCUGAAGGAUUUGAGACUGGAAAUUGAAGGACAGGAGGGAACUUUCUCUGUCUGUUUCUGGGUUUAUCUAAUGAGCUCCACUACGUUUCCUGCUACGAUUCUCCAACAGGUGCUCUCUGAUAUCUCAGAAAGUGCUCCUUUUCUUGUUAUAAAUGACAACAAGAGAAUCAACCUUUUACCCGUUAUUCUCUUACAUGAAGAAGCUCCUAAUGUUGGUGAUGUCAAUUCCUGGACGGAAGUUCCGCAUGCAACUGUAGAUUUUGAGUUUCCUUUAGAAAAAUGGGUCCAUGUUGGAUUUGAGAUUACUCCAGAUCAUAUUCAGCUUCAGAUUAAUGGAGAUAUUGUUGGAGAAAAAUCUCUGUCUUCCUUAUUAAACAGGGAAUGCAAUUCAAGUGGUUUGGAUAAAAUUACUUUGGCUUAUGUUGGUGGUGAUGGCAAUAUUGUUCAGGGUUAUGUGCACAAUUUGGAAGUCUUGUCCUCCGUUUCAUCUAUCAAGGAUCAACUUUUAAAGGACCCUCCUCUGAAGUUAUCUAUCGAUGAAUUAUCUGCCUCUGAGAUUGAAGAAGAAAGUGAUGGAGUUUGGAGCAUUGUUGGUGGCAAGGCAUCCUGUCGUAGGAACUUUUCAUUGGACGUUGUUUUGUUGGAUGCUUUUCUCCAGCCUGUAGACAUGGAUACUGAGGUUUUUGCUUCACUUUUGUAUGCUGAUACUGGAGCGCCAGUGGAGAAUACAACUGAUGCAGAAGCACCCCUUUUGGCUAGCUUUGAUGGGAUUGAAUUUUCUGCUCAUGAAAGACCAAGUAAACUUUUGCAGGGACGUGCAUCAUUUAAGCUCAAGAUAUCUCAGCUUUCAUCCAAGUGUGAUAAUAGGUUGUUUCUCAUCCGGUUUUGUCUGCCAAAGUUGGGAAAUUAUCCUUUCCUUGAGACAUCUUCUCGUCCAAUUCGAUGUAUUUCUAGAAGUCGCAACACAAGAUUGUCGACCCUCGUGUGGAAAAGAUCAACUCCUCCUGAUGGGUCAAUGGAACUUCAACAUGCUGCUGCUCAUGAAGUGAAAGCCAGUAGUCCAUCAAUGAAGCGGUUCAGACUCGGGCAUGACAAAAUAUCUGUAUCAGUGAAGGCUGACUGUGCCUCAGAGCAGCCUGAUGAGGAAUGCAAUUCUCAUGCCAGGACCGUUAAUCAGGUUGAGAAUGGGUUUGCAGCAAGCUUGGAAGGUAGACCUGAGAACUUUGAUGAAGCAGAUAACUCUCCAUCUGAUUCAGGGAGUAUAGGAGAGGGAAAUUCAUUGUCCAAGAUUGCAAGAAAUCCAAUGUCUGAUAUGACCAUAUUCAAAUACUGCCUGGCAGGCUUAAGCGAGAGGUCUCUUAUGCUCAAGGAAAUAGCUACCUCUGCCUCUGACAAAGAAAUUUUGGAAUUUGCAUCUCAGGUGUCACACUAUUCAGGAUGUUCACAUUAUGGAAACCAAAUAUCAAUUGCCAAGAGAUUGAUAGAAGAAGGAAUUCUGGUUUGGAAGACGUUGUCCCAAAACAACUACAAUAUUCAGUGGGAGAGUGCAGUUUAUGAGAUUGAAGAGAAAUUCAUGAAGAUUGCUCGCUGCAGUUCAAGAUCUCUCACACUCCAGGACCUAGAGCUUUUGAGAAGAAUUUCUGGAUGUCAAGAAUAUCUAGCCCAAGAGAACUUUGAGAAGAUGUGGUGUUGGUUAUACCCAGUGGCUUUUACAAUUUCAAGGGAUUGGAUACUCCCACUCUGGAAAUCCACAUCACCCAAGUGGAUAGAAGGAUUCAUAACUAAGGAAGAAGCAGAAGCUUCUCUUCAUGGUCCCAGGGGGCUUCAGGAACCUGGGACAUUUAUACUCCGAUUUCCCACAUCGAGAAGUUGGCCCCAUCCAGAUGCUGGUAGCUUAAUUGUGACAUAUGUUGGAAAAGACUACAGACUUCACCAUAGGCUACUUUCAAUUGAUCGUAUUUAUGGCUCUGGAGACAAAGGAACUGGCUUGAAACCACUACAAGAUAUGCUACUGGCAGAACCUGAGCUAUGUAGAUUAGGAAGGAUAAUAAGAAGUCACUAAGAUCACUAGCGUUGGAGCAGAGAAUCCUUCAAAUGGAAGUUCUGGUUGCUAACUUGAAGGUCGUCUUCUCUUGCUUGACUGUAAAGUGGGAAGAGGAAGGCGGUGUUGGAAUCAAGAUACGCCAUUAUAGAUUGCAUAGUAUAGUAUCCCUUUCAACAUGUAUGUAAAUGUAUAGUUUCAUAUCAGUUUCAGAGAAUCAUUAUGAACAGCAGAUCCAUUCAUAUAUUACCAUUCAAAGCAUUGCUUUCA